UUUUGAACAACAAGGCUACUGAUUCAACCACCUCCGUAGCUUGCUAGCAACAUAAAACCAAAACAUUGGAGCAUUAUGUGUGUAUUAACCUCAGUGUUUUAAACACACUGUCUGCGUAUAAAGUGACUGCAUUUCAUUUCAUAUUGACGUUGUUGUUAGUCAGCUCUGGUUAAGAUAGCCUAGCACUAUAGGCUAGUCGGGAAUGCUAAAUAGCUAGCUAGCUAACAUCCCAGACCAUGAGCUCACUAAACUACUCCCCGCCUACCAAAGAAGAGGUCCGCUGGACGGAGAAAAAAGCUCUGGGACUGAACAUUGUCGUGAAAGAGGAAGAGGAGGAUAUCGCAGUGAAAGAGGAAGAGGAGGAUAUCACAGUGAAAGAGAAGGCGAUGACUGUCACAGUCAAAGAAGAAGAUAAAGAAGCUUUCGGAAUGAAAGAAGAAGAGGAGGAGAAAGCUAUCACAUUGAAAGAAGAAGAUGAUGAUGUAACAGUGAAAGGAGAGGAAGAAGGUUUCAGGGUGAAAGAGGAAGAGGAUGUUUCAGUAAAGGAAAAAGAGGACGUUUUUGGAGUGAAAGAGGAGGGGGAGGAUGAUGAGGAGGAGACUGGAGAUCAGAUUAACACCAAAGAGAGACCAGACUCUCACUCUGACAGCGGGAAGAGUCCUUCAGGGGAAGCAGCCCCAAAGAAGUCCAAACCAGCGAGACCACACCACCGCUCCCAAUGUGGGAAAAAAUGUAACCGGUUAGGACACCUGAAAGAACAUAAGAAAACACACACAGGAGAGAACCCUUUCUACUGCUCCCAGUGUGGAAAGGGUUUUAGACACUCAGACCAUCUAAAAGUGCAUGCAAGAAAACACACUGGAGAGAAGCCAUAUCAAUGCUCCCAGUGCAUUUUUUUUUUUCACUCAUCAGGGGACCUGACAUCACAUGAGAGAACGCACUGUGUAGAGAGGCUUUUCCAAUGCUCUCAGUGUGGAAAGAGUUUUACCCGGUUAGGGAACCUGAAUAUGCAUUUGAGAACACACACAGGGGAGAAGCCUUUCCACUGCUCCCUUUGUGGAAAGAGUUUUACCUGGUUAGGGAACUUGAAAAUGCAUGAGAGAAUACACACAGGAGAGAAGCCUUUCCACUGCUCCCUGUGUGGAAAAAGUUUUACCUGUUUAGGGACACUGAAAAAGCAUAAGUUGACACACACAGGAGAGAAGCCUUUCCAAUGCUGCCAAUGUGGAAAGAGUUUUACCCAGUUAGUGAACUUGAAAAGGCAUGAAGGAACACACACAGGAGAGAAGCCUUUCCACUGCUCCCAGUGUGGUAGGGGUUUUAGACACUCAGGGCAUCUAAAAGUGCAUGAAAGAACACACACUGGAGAGAAGCCAUAUCAAUGCUCGCAGUGUGGAAAUAAAAAAAAUUCAUCGCGGGACCUGAAAUCACAUGAGAGAACACACUUAGUAGGGAGGCCUUUCCAAUGCUCUCAGUGUGGAAAGAGUUUUACCCGGUUAGGGAACCUGAAUAGGCAUUUGAGAACACACACAGGGGAGAAGCCAUACCACUGCUCAGACUGUGGAAAGAGAUUUACCCAACUAGGGGAUCUGAAAUCACAUGAGCGGACACACACAGGAGAUAAGCCUUUCCAAUGCUCUCAGUGUGGAAAAAGUUUUGCCUGCUUAGGGAACUUGAAAAUGCAUGAGAGAAUACACACAGGAGAGAAGCCUUUCCACUGCUCCCUGUGUGGAAAGAGUUUUACCUAUUUAGGGACACUGAAAAAACAUGAGAUGACACACACAGGAGAGAAGCCUUUCCAAUGCUCCCAAUGUGGAAAGAGUUUUACCCAGUUAGUGAACCUGAAA